CUUGCUCUGUUGUAUGAAUAAAAAUGUCGACGGUUGACGAGAAACUCACCAACUUGGCGCUCGAGAAGGAGUACAAGUUCCUCACCAAGGAACAAGUCCAGCAUUUCAUGCAAAAGGGCUACCUCAAGCUCCCACACGCGUUUACCAAAGACCGAGCCUCGGAAUGGAUCUCCGACCUCUGGGUACGCCUCGGCAUGGACCCGGAGAAUAAGUCCACCUGGACGCAGGAACGUAUCCACAUGCCGCACUUCCGGCGUGAGCUGGUGUCCGACUUCUGCCCCCAGGCGUGGGGGGCGAUGUGUGAGCUUCUUGGAGGGCAAGAGCGCGUCAGCGAGGGAAGCGCGGUAUGGAACGACGGGUUCAUCGUCAACCUUGGUCGACCAGAAGACGAGGGCAAGCUGACAGGCCCGCGCGACCUGCCAGACUGGCACGCAGACGGCGACUUCUUCCUUCAUUUCCUGGACAGUCCCGAGCAGGCCCUCCUCGUCAUCCCCCUCUUUAGCGAUAUCCGCCCGAGUGGGGGAGCGACGUUCAUCGCUCCUGAGGGAGUGGGGCACGUCGCGCGAAAGCUUGCGGAUCAUCCGGAGGGCCUGCAGCCCGGGCUGGGGGACAAGCCGGACCAAUUUGAUUUCCUGGCGUUGAUGAGGCAGUGUGACGAGUUCGUGGAGGCUACAGGAGAGGUCGGAGACGUCUAUCUGCUGCAUCCCCUGAUUCUCCACUGCGCAUCCCGCAACUCCCUCCGCGACGUGCGAGUGAUCACCAACCCCCCAGUCUCCCUGAACCAGCCAUUCAACUUCAACCGUGCCAACCCGUCCGAGUUCAGCAUCGUUGAACUCAAGACACUCCAGUCUCUGGGCGUCGAGCGGCUCGACUUCAAGCCUACUACUGAGAGGCAGCGGAUCGUCCCCGAGAGAGUGAAGAGACAGCAGAGGAUGAAGGAGCAAGAGAUGGAACGGAUGAAGAAUGCCGGGCAGGAGGUGCCGAAGGCCAAGUGGACCCAGCCUGCUACGGGGAUGGAACAUGCCCAGGUGGAGUGAACUGCAGCCCCAGGAGAUGAGAAGAUGUCG